AUGGACGGAGAAGAUAUUAUGGAAGGAGAAGAUGCUUUGGAUGGAGAAGAAGUUAAAGAAGAAGAAGAAGUUAGGGAAAUAGAGGAAGUUAAAGAAGGAGAAGGAGUUAAGGAUGGAGAAGAAGUUUUUAAUGGAGAAUUAAGGAAGGAGAAGAAGAAGUUAAGGAAGCAGAAGAAGUUAGGAAAAGAGAGGAAGUUAAAGAAGGAGAAGAAGUUAAGGAUGGAGAAGAAGUUUGCGAUGGAAAAGAAUUUAAAUGAAGUUAAGGAAGGAGAAGAAGACGUUAAGGAUGGAGAAGAAGUUAGGGAAGGAGAAGAAGUUAAGGAUGGAGAAAUAGUUUGGGAUAGGGAAGAAGUGAAGGAAGGAGAAGAAGUUAGGGAAAAAGAAGAAGUUUUGGAUGGGGAAGAAGUUAAGGAGGGAGAGAUGAUUAUUAUGGAUGGAGAAGAAGUCAAGGAAGGAGAAGAAGUCGUGGACGGAUUUAAGGAUGGAGAAGAAAUUUGGGAUGUAGAUGAAGUAAAGGAAGGAGAAGAAGAAGUUAAGGAUGGAGCCGAAGUUAGAGAAGGAGAAGAAAAUGGCGAAGAAUUUAAGUAUGGAGAAGAAAUCAAGGAGGAAGAAAAAGUUAAGGAAGGAGAAGAAGAAGUUAAGGAUGGAGAAGAAGUUAGGGAAGGAGAAGAAGUUAAGGAUGGGGAAAUAGUUUGGGAUGAGGAAGAAGUGAAGGAAGGUGAAGAAGGUAGGGAAGAAGAAGAAGUUUUGGAUGAAGAAGAAGUCAAGGAUAAAGAAGGAAUUAUGGAUGGGGAAUAA